GGGGAGGAGAGAGAGGAGGACGAGGAUGACGAAGAAGAGGUGGAGAUGGAAGAGCAGCAAGAGAAGGAGGGAGAAGAAGAGGAAGAGGAAGACGAGGAAGAAGAAGAAGAAGAGAAGAGUGGAAUGUGUGCAGACGGCAGAGGGGGGGCGUUGGUCUGUCGGAGCAUGAACGCGGCGGUGAGGACGAGCUCGGGCUUGAGUGCCGAGGCGGCCAGACGACCAGCCUCGUGUCGGAUGAGCAGGGAGGGGGAGGCGGAGAGACGGGCCGAGUUGGUGCCGCCUUGGCAGUCGGCCGGAGAGCAGGCCUUCCUGUUGCCGGGGCAACAGAUUGGCUCGCUCGCCUUCUCCGAGCACGACAUCUCCUGCCGGCAACAGUUGGCAUUGCGCCACUGCCUGCUCGUCCAACAGCCGCAACCGCAACCGCAACCGCAGCACCAACAACACGCGCAGCACCAACUGCGGCACCAGCUGACGCCCGAGCAGACGACACACACGUACACGUCGGCCGCGGUGAGGCCACUCGCACAGACGCCUUCGCUCCCGUUCCAGCCCCCUCCGCCCCCCCCGCCCCCCUCGCUGCACCAAGCCUCGUUUGCCCGACCCACCCACACACAGACAAAUGCCGACUCGCCGUUGAGCACGGACGUCUUCUUCUCUCGUCACGCGGGACAUCUCCACGGCCCUGACGACCACGACGUCUACUCGCCGGUCAGUUCGAGUCCCGCAAAACGUCUGCGACGCCGCGCCAGCCGACGCCGACUCCGCCCUGACGACGCCGCCGCGUCGAGAGGUCGAGGCGGCCCAGCCGACGCCGCCGACACGGACGGCCUCCUGCCCUCUCACCUCGACGCCUCGAUGGCAACGGCGAUUGCCAUGGCGACAACAAUGGGCGUGCCUGUGUCAGACGACUGCGAGCUUGCGACAGUCGCCGCCGUCGCCACGGCGUCGGAGUCAACCGUGCCGACGGUGUACAACAACCGCACGUCGACAGCCCCGAUCUGGGCUUAUUCGGCCGACACGGGCUACCCGGCAACGGCGACGGCGACGCACUUUCCGUCUCCUCGCGUCUACUCCAACCUGGCGCCGGCCUCGGCCAACGCC